GCGCCGCUGCUCCGCUCCGCCCCUUCCACAGACGAAGGCAUGGCGAGCACCGAGACGAGGAGGGAGUGCGAGACGGACGGCUGUAGUAAGGACGCCAAACUACAGUGUCCCACUUGCAUUAAGCUCGGCAUCCAAGGCUCGUACUUCUGCUCUCAGGAGUGCUUCAAGGGGAGCUGGACCUCUCACAAGCAGCUGCACAAAAAAGCCAAGGAGGACAAGAACCUAAGUGAGCCCAAGAACUGUUUGCAGAAGGACGUAGACACUGACCCAUGGCCUGGCUACCGGUACAGCGGGAAACUCCGUCCUCAUUACCCUUUGACUCCCUUGAGGACGGUGCCCAAAGACAUCCAAAGGCCGGACUACGCCGAUCACCCUUUAGGAAUGUCAGAGUCCGAGCAGUUCCUCAAAGGGACCUCACAGAUCAAGAUCCUCUGCCCAGAGGACAUCGAGGGUAUGAGGGUCGUGUCCAAGCUGGCACGAGAGGUCCUUGACAUCGCAGCGGCAAUGGUCAAACCCGGAGUCACGACAGAAGAGAUUGACCACACCGUGCAUCUGGCCUGUUUAGCGAGGAACUGCUACCCCUCUCCGCUCAACUAUUACAACUUCCCCAAAUCCUGCUGCACCUCUGUCAAUGAAGUCAUCUGCCAUGGAAUCCCCGAUAGAAGACCUCUGCAGGACGGAGAUAUCCUCAACGUGGACAUCACCGUCUACCACAACGGCUUUCAUGGUGACCUUAAUGAAACCUUCUACGUCGGCGAGGUGGACGAAGGAGCCAAGAAGCUGGUCACCACCACUUACGAAUGCCUUAUGCAAGCUAUCGACUCUGUGAAGCCCGGCAUCCGCUACAGAGAGCUGGGCAACAUCAUCCAGAAACACGCGCAGGCCAAUGGCUUCUCCGUGGUGCGCAGCUACUGCGGCCACGGCAUCCACAGACUUUUCCACACAGCACCCAAUGUCCCACAUUAUGCCAAAAACAAAGCAGUCGGAGUGAUGAAGCCUGGUCAUGUGUUCACCAUUGAGCCGAUGAUCUGUGAAGGUGGCUGGCAGGACGAGACGUGGCCCGACGGCUGGACAGCGGUCACCAGGGACGGGAAGCGCUCCGCCCAGUUCGAACACACGCUGCUGGUCACUGAGAUCGGCUGUGAAAUCAUGACCCGUCGUCUGGAGGACAACGGUCGGGCUCACUUCCUGAGCCAAGUGUAACCCGGACUGGAGUGAAUCUCUCUCUCACGGUCGCAUUGGAAGAGAUGGAGAGCUAAGUGUCGCUCUUUAAAAUAAGUAUGGGUUCCUCAAGUCAAGCAGAAUUACUUGAACGUGUCUUUAUCGUACAGUGGACGGGUUUGUUAGCGAGAACUGAGAAGUAUUUAUGGUCAGACGGCGUCUGGUGCCACGUCACGUCGCAGCGUCAUGACGCACAAGAGUUAACAAAAAAAAAAGUUUAGACAAAUGUGACGUUUGUAACACAGUUGUUUUUACACCACGUAGUUCGGUCCGGGCGUCAAUCAACAUAGAAACACCGAUUUAAAGUUAUACAAGAAAUUAACUACUUUUUAGAAUGUUUUCUAAUAUGUAGCUUAACAAUUGAGGACCAAACUGAAAUAGAGUGGAACGAUAAAGUUGUCCAUCUUCAUUUACCGACAACUUUCUGCAGUCACUGGCGACUGGUUUUUGGAACUGGAUGCAUCAUUCAUCACUCUAACGUGAGUUGCCUUACUCGGGAUUUAAGCUCAGACAAGUGUCAGUUCUUGAUGUGAUCUGAUUUAUGGGAAAGAAUGUAUUAAUCUCUGCCAUUUUUGAGUGAUAAAUGCUGCAUUCAAGGUCACAAAAAGAGGAAUCGCUUUGCUCUUUCCCACUCACUGGUGAAACGGUGCGUUCACUGACCUUGCAAUCCAGCAACUCCAAACAUGUAGUGAAACCUUUAAAACAAAAUCGAUUCGAAAAUCGGUCCUUGAACGCCUCACGGGGUGCUAUUUUAUUUGGGUUUGGUCUUUAAUAUGACUUUUAAGCCGGAAAACUUGACAAACAUCACAAAUCGCCAAUAAAUGAAUUUGGGAAAAAAAGCGUACAUGAACGACCCACGGACCAAGGAAACUUGUUUCUUCAAGGUUUUCAUUUCUUCAAGUGUCAGAGCCUCGGCCGGGGUGUUUCACUCUGGAUGUUUAUCGUUCAACAUCCAUCUCAUUUCGUGCUUAGCUUCGGCACACAAGCGAGAUUAGACACCAGAUCGAUCUUCAAGGGAGGCGACGGUGAAGGAGCCUUAAGUUUGUGAAGCUCUCGCCCUCAUCUGAGGAGUUUCCCUUCAUCCACGCAGCUUCGUCUCUUCAUUUCCUCCGUGCGCAGCGAUGUAUGCCUGUUUCUUCUCCCGGAGUAAAUAAACACCU